GGAGGUGGGGGGUGGGGGUUUUCGGAAACAAAGUUGUUACCCAGGCAACAGAGGGACGCAGAGCUCUCCGCAGUGUAUUUUUGGAUCCUAGAGAGCCACCCAAAAACUGACCCAGAAUAUGGAAUCUGAAAAUGCAGAAGCUGAAAAUAUGGAAUCUGAAAAUAUGGAAAUUGAAACCAUUUCCUCAGUUUCAGCUCUGCAGGCUCUCUCUAAGCUGCUUUAUCCGGAAGAGGAUGACUUUGAGUCCAGACAGUCAAAUAGUUCAUCUGCAAUGGGAGCCAUGGGUCCUGGGAAUAUUGGACCACCAAAAAGAGAAGCGCUUAAAGUCAUCCCUCAAACAAGUGAUGAAAAUAGUGAGCACAUCUGGAAUCCAGAGGAGGUUCCAGAAGGGGCAGAGCACCAUGAUGUGUGGGAUAUUAGAGAAACACCAGAAUAUGAAGUUGUGUUCAAACAGCAGGUGGGAACUGAAGAUAUGUUCCUGGGAUUGACCAGAAAGGACCCUUCAACUGCGUGUUGUAAGGAUCUAGUGAUUAAAAUUAAACUGCCAAAUACGAACCUUUCUGAAAUUGAAAUCAACAUUCAGGAAAUGACCCUUGACCUCCGUACUCCUAAUAAGAAGCUGUUGGCAACCCUUCCCCAUCCUGUGGAAUGCAGCAGUGCCAAAGCUUUCUAUAUUGUUGAAACUGAGACUCUCGAGGUCACUGUGACUAUGAAACGAGAGUUGGAUUUUAUUAAUUUCUUCUGAAACAACAUGAAUAAGGAGGAAAAGUGGUAAAAUACCACUGAUAAAAAACUGAAAAAAUUGGUUAAUGUUUUCUAUCUUCUCUUUAUUAUUCUGACAUAUUUCAGGCAGGGCCUAAAUUCAAUUCUAGUGCUAUUCUGAUCAUUUACAGUCAUUUCUAUUAAUCUAGUAGAAAAUGCUGUUUUCUCAUACUAAUAAGCUAUUCCAUUUUUAUAGUGAUAGCUGGAUAGAAUUUACAGGCUAACCAAUUAGAUUACUACAUGGUCAGCUAAAUAACUGAAAUAUGACCAUGAAAUCGUUGGUCCACUUAUUUCAGUAGUCUGAAGAACUUAAGCCAAUUGAUUAUACCUUGAUACAAUCAGUUGCAUAGCAAUUGGUCAUUACUGUCACCAGAAAAGUUUAUUUAGUUUCCUUUUUGUUGAUUUAGUCAAAUGAUUUCCAGUGUUCUCUGUUUAGGCUCUCACUAUUGUUCUGUAAUAUACAAAUAACAGAGGAUUAUAAAUAGUUUGAUGUGCCAUACUAACAACAUGUUUUACUUGAAUAAGAAAUACUCUUGAGCACACAGUGUUAUUUGGCUUCCUCGGUCCUGUUCUCAGUGUUUGGAUCUAUUUAAGUUAAAAAUAUUUUCCUUUUGUGCACUAAUAAUUAUUAACAAUGCCUUUUUGAAUACUGUGUUUAUAUUUAGUAAUUGAAUUUCUUGACAUUUAAAAGGAAUAUAAAGAAAAGUGUGGCGCAUUUACAAAUCCUGUUCUCUCUCAUUUCCUAUAUUUAUUUGUAAUUGGACAUACUUAUGUUAUGAAUUUGUACCCUGCCUCUUCUGUACUGUAUUGCAUAAGUUUAUUUUAGAAUUAUUUAUGAAUCACUUGUACUUUAAAACUUGUUGACUUGGUCUCACACAUCAUUGUAGAACUCUGGAGUUACCUGGGAGUAAAUUUUGAAAAGAGAUAAACAGCAGAAAGAUGUGAACUAUUAAGGGACUAAAUACUCAAGCAGAUAUUGUCUAGGUUAACUAUGCAGAUAACUGUGAAGCAUCUAGUUUAUGACUAGAUCAAAUAGAAGGAAAAGACUGAGAUUUUGGAAAAAGUGGUUAUGUUAAAACACCAAGCUCUUGUAGAGAAUUUGACUUUGAAAUUACCACCAUGACUUUCUUCUGAGGGUGGGAUUAACUGAAAGGAAGUUAGUGUCUGUGAAUUUAAGUCCAUGGUGUCACAGAAUUAAGAGUGUCCUACUUUGCUUUCUUAACAUCUUUUUAAAAGGCUGUAUUUUAAGAAUUUAAGAUUAUACCCUAAACUGUAAACUCUGGAGUAAGCCUAAGCAGUAGCCAAUAUUUUUCUUCUCUAGAUAGCAACAGGGAGUCAGUGGAAAAUGUAUCUCUUCUUCAGAUGUACUGGCCCUAAUUACAAAGACCAUUAUUACUCAAGCUGACUGAAUGUGUACAAGUUGUCCCUGGAAGAGAAGAUAGAGCAUAUCCAGGCCAACUUGAAUUGGGCUUUGGUUAUGUUGUACUGUAUCAAUUAUAUAAUGAAACAAUGAAAUGUGAUCCAGUAGUUUAUACCCAUCUACAAAUUAUCCUACUUCACUGUCCUUGGCCUCAGAAGUAGCAACUCUGUUUUCGUUGCUGUUUCGUUUUUAAGCUAACUCACAGGACUUUUCUCUCUUUAAAGGGGAAUAGUCCAUUAAAGCAAAUGUAGAAAAAGAGAAUACAAAAGGAAGUUAAAACCACAAUUGUGGCAUAUUAUUAGCCUUCUCCUUCAUGAACUUCUUUACCUCCCUUUUUGGUUUUAUAAUCUCUAGUUGCGUUUGUGAGAAUUCAUUCAUUCAUUCAUGCACUCAUUAAUGCAUUCUUUCAACAAAUAACCACUGAGCAUUUACCACAUGCCUGGCCCUAUGUUACGUGCUGGGCAUAUAGCAAUGAUCAAACCAGAUGUGGUCCCUGUCCUCAUGGAGCAAGUAGUUUAGCAAGGGAGACCAACAAUAACCAAGUAAACACAUAAACACAUAUUUUCAAGUUUAUUAGUAGUAUGAAGGAAAACAAUGCGUGCUUUGAGAGUAUCAGAGAAACCAAACCUAGUCUGGGGAAGGAGGUCAGAAAAGGCUCCCCUAAGGAUUUCAUACUCAGCUUAAACAUGGAGAAUACCUAGGAUUUAGCCAGGCAAAGAGAGUGUUGAGGGAAGGAGGGUGGUAGGGCUUCUAGGUGCAAGGAGUAGCAAAUGUGAAGACCCAGGAUGGAAAGAACCUGGAGCGUAGAGUUCAAGGAAAUUAAAGCCUGUGUGGUUGAAGUAGAAUGAAUCUGGCAAGUGUGACUGGAGGUAAGGUUGGAAAUGUAGGCUGGAGCAAUGUCAUGUAGAACCUUACAGGCUAAGGUUAGGAACUUGAAUUUUAUUCUAAGUUCUUUGGAGAAGAGGAUGUAUUUGGAGGCAAGAAUGAAAAUGGGGAGACCACUUAGGAGGCUAUUGCAAUAGCCCAGGCAAAUUAUUAUUCUACACUUCAUCCUAAGUAAAAUUCAUUUGAUUUUUUUCUAAUUAGAAAAAAAGUACAUGCUUACAUGAUCCAAGUAGGAAACUUUAACAAUACAGAAAAGCUCUUUAAAAAUAAAGCAAAAUUUAAAAUCACCUGUAAGCCAACAAACCAUAAAUAACCACUCUUAACCAUUUUUAGUGCCUCUUUCCAACUUUUUCUUUCAAUGCAUAAGACAGAUACCAGUUUUCCCCCAAAUAUGAUGAUAACACACAAACUGGCUUUAAAACCUACUUUCUUUUAAUUUCCAAGUAUAUUCUUUUUUAUUAUCUUUUUGUUUCUGGGAAUUCUAAUUGUAUUGCACUGUGAUAAAAAAGUGUGAUAAAUGAAUGAUCCAUGUGUAGUUUUAAAGAAUGAGUAUUCUGUAAUUAUUGGGCACAGAAUUCUAUCUAUAUAUAUCAACUCAAGUUUUUUUAAUAUUUUAAUUUUAUUGGAGUAUAGUUUAUUUACAAUGUUGUGUUUCAACUCGUUUUUCUUUUUAAAACUGUGUUGUUCAGAUCUUCUACAUUCUUGUUAAUUUUUGGCCUGCUUUCUGUAUCAACAUGAAGAGGUGUAUUAUCGAUAAAAUUUACCAGUGAUGAUAGAUUUGUUCAUUAUCUCCUUGUAAUUCUGUCAAUUUUUGCUUUAUGUUUUUUAAGGCAAUAUAUUUAGCUGCAGACAGACUU